CAACAAGAACCGCACUGGAUGAUUCUCGCAACCUCAACUCUUCCUUCUCUCACCUUCUACCGCAAAAUGGUCAACCCCGACGAAGACACUGAGUUCAACGAUGCCCUUCGUCGACAUGGCAUCCUUCCUCCAAAGCCUCCAUCACGCUCCCCAUCCCCAGACAUUCCCCACAUAACCCACACCGACGCUGUCCGUGCAGUCGCUGCCACAGCAGAUGCAGACCAACUCGUGACACUUAUUGAAGGCGAUAAUCUCGAUUCAGACGACGAACGUAUGUUUGAAGAGUACAAGAGAAAAAGACUGCAUGAAAUGAAGAAGGAAGAGAAGAAGGGACGAUUCGGCAGUAUGGAACCCCUAGCACGAGAGGACUUUGUCAGGGAGGUCACGGAGGGGAGCAAAGUGGACCCCAAUGGAGAACAGAUUGAAGACCAAGGUGAUGAUGACGAAGAAUCUUCUCCACGAUUAAAGGGGACAGGUGUAGUCGUCUUUUUAUUCAAAGACUCUGUACCUUUAUCCCAACAUCUUCAGCCCCUUUUAAAUCAAGCGGCUGCCGCCCAUCCAUCCACAAAGUUCUUAUCAAUCCCAGCAGGACUUUGCAUCCCUAAUUACCCAGACAAAAAUGUACCCACUCUGCUUAUUUAUAGAAACGGAGAGAUGGUUGGAAAUGUCGUGGCAGGUAUGGGCUUGAAAGGGAUGAAGACCACAGUGCGCGAUCUGGAAGGGUUGCUGCUUUACUUCAAAGCGGUCGAGAAACCCUCAGCUGCGCUCUUACGAUCCAACGGAGCUAAUGAACACUCAGACUCUGAUGACGAUUUCAACGACGAUAUCGGCACAGUUAACACCAGAGGAGGUGGCCUCCGAACUGGUGGUGUAGGCAUUGGCGCAGGUCGAGGCAAAGAAGACAGUGACGAUAGUGAUUUUGACAUGUAAAAGCUAUGGCUAUGCUAUCAUGUCGAGUAAGCAUGUCAAAUCCUCCGGAUUACGCUUCCACCCGAUUAAUAUCUCUUCAAACAAUCAAAAACAAAGACAUGGUCGCUUGGUAAACUCUUUCGAUGCAAGUAACACCCAGCAUCAAUAACACAUGGGCAUCUGCGGUUAUAAGGAGCAACCAAGCUCUGAAUUUUGCCAUACAUUUGUUGUACCCUGGCUGCUACAACUUAUUGAAGCCUUUCCUUAAUUUCUUUGACAAGAAAACAGCUGCAGGUACAGUAAAGAGGGUGCCACCGCGCGCGCAAUGAACCAUGAACCAUGAACAAUCUUACUGACCGCAGAACGAAGAACACCUUUGCCAGCACCUCCUAUGCGGCGCUCUGAAUCGUACUGACCAGGUACCAUAAUCCGCAUGAGCAGUCAUGCUUUGAAGGCUUACGGCUGUACUUCCUCGUAAUGGAUAGCUGAGUUACCUGAGUAUCCAAAUUCGCAGUAUUUUUGAGAUGUUCAUGGGGGUUUGGAUUUAUUUCGCUGCAACUGCUUGUUUCGGGUUGGAACCCGACACACCUACGGUGAACUUGACUGCUACCCAAAAAUAGGUCAAUGUAGUUGCUGAGCUUACAGUAAAGAGGUCAGUGAAUGAACGAAGAAGUCCUGCAGCGCCCUGCCAAUGGUCCUUGAAAGCAUUAUUUUUACUUGUCCCUACAGCGAUUGUUCACUAACAGGCUUGAUUGAAGACAAGCCAAACAUGCAAUAUGCAUCCAUCAGUUCCAGCAGAAGUUAGAACCAGCGACAUUUGAUAGGCAG